GAAUUGAGCGGACGGGUGCACGAUGCACGCGCGGUGAACAAAACAAUCGCGAUGCUGUUCGAGAGUCCCAACGCGAAACUGUUCCCGGCUUUCAACAUCCCUCCGCCCGUCAGGCUCAGCGGCGCGCUGGGCGGCUUGGAGGUGGUAGAAGGUGGCCUGGUAGGCGGGGAGCUGGCGCAUGUGUUGAACGCCCAGGCGGCCGCGCACGCCGCGGCCUCGGCAGCCGCCCAUCAGCAGCAGCAACAACAGAUCGCGGUGCAGCAAAUCAAAACCUCACCAUCAUCAGGACGGUCAACGCCGGUGGCGACCACAGCGGGGACAACAUCCCCGUCACCAUCUAAGCUGUUUGUGGGAGGCCUCAGCUGGCAGACCAGCUCAGAGAAGCUCAGGGAAUACUUCGCCAUGUUUGGACCUGUCACCGAUGUGCUCAUCAUGAAGGACCCUGUGACACAGCGUUCGCGCGGCUUCGGCUUCAUCACGUUCCAGGACGCGGCCGCCGUGGACAAGGUGCUGGGCGUGCCCGUGCACACGCUGGACGGCAAGCGCAUCGACCCCAAGCACGCCACGCCCAAGAGCGCGCCCAAGCCCGCCAAGACCAAGAAGAUCUUCGUGGGCGGCGUGGGCCAGGACACGUCGGCCGACGAGGUGCGCGCCUACUUCUCGCAGUUCGGCCUGGUGGAGGACGCCGUCAUGCUCAUGGACCAGCAGACCAAGCGCCACCGCGGCUUCGGCUUCGUCACCUUCCACUCGGAGGAGGCGGUGGAGCGCGUGUGCGACAUCCACUUCCACACCAUCAAGAACAAGAAGGUGGAGUGCAAGCGCGCGCAGCCCAAGGAGGCCGUGGCGGCGGCGCCGCUGGCGCUGGGCAAGCGCCUCGUGCUGCGCCCCGGCCGCGGCCUGCUGUACGCCGGCGGCGUGGGCGCCGUGCCCGCCGCGCACGCGUACCGGUACGCGCCCUACGCCAUGCCCGCCGCCGCCGCGCCCGCCGCGCUCGUGGCCCCGCCGGCGCCGGCGGCCGCGCCCGCCAUGCCGCAGUUCGGCGCGGCGUACUCGCUGGCCGGCGUGGACAUGUCGUCGUUCCAGGGCGUGGACUGGAGCGCCAUGUACGGAGUGCCGAUGUACAUCUAAGCCGGCGGAGCCCCCGCCCCGAGAGGUUAGGUCACUGCGCUCGCAGCUAUUUUUUUUUCUCUCCGAACAGUUCCUAUUUGAUUGUUUUCGGAUUGGACGUCUUGCCGCGUUGCCCGCGUGGCAUCAGUAUUCGUAACGUAAGGCUCAUCGACGUAGGUUAAGGUCAAUUUCUCGAAGCAAUAUUUUUGGCCCCUAGCGGCCCGAAGCAAAGAUACGCAUUUUUUUUUAAUAAUUAAGGCGAAGAUCUCAGAUAAUUUAGUUUGUCCUUGAUGUGAAAAACAAAAACGUUUUUUUUUCUCCUCUCUCUACUAGUAGGUACCUACUCUUAUACUUGUCUCGGUUUCGUAAUGGUAGUUAACAUAGUUAGUGCACGCUGGUAGGCGCCAUGUGGAUAUUAUUAAUAUUAGUUAUGACACAGCGUAGUUGUGAGGAGCGUACACGUACACGGUGAAUCUCAUUGCAGCUCUGUAUUGUUUUUUUUUGUUACAUUAAUUAUUUAAAUGGCGUACUCAGACGGACGCCGCGUGACGUGCCCCCCAUUAUUUUAUAAAUUCCAUGUGAAUUAGAAUAAAUAUACGUACUGAAAUCAGUAUUACAAUUUCGUGCCAUUUAUAUACAAAAAAAACUGUGCCAAAUCUCGUUUUCUGACAGCUUGCGAAGUUUUGCGCCCAACGCGUGUUGUUACUCUGUCAGCUGGCUCUGAGCCCGAAAAUCAAAAUAUACAUAUAUUUUUCAACUAUAUGGUAACAUAUAUUUCUUGAAUUGUCACCAAAGUCACCGACCGACCGGUAUAUUUUUUUUUGAAGAAAGACUACAAAAAAAUUGUAUGUCAUUUUAUCUGGUCCCAUAACCCACUUUGAAAUAUUUAAACCUUGUUUGGGUCGAGUAGACAACUACAUAUAUAAAUCAGAAUAUUAACGUAAACUCACAGGAUGUUAUAUCAUAAAAAAAUAUAUAUAAACCUUAUAUAUGUUUAAAUACAUAUGUGACAUCUGGUCCCAGCUCCGCUUUCUUAUAAUAUGUGAACACCUGUAAUUAUAAUAUAUCUUCAUAAGUCAAGGAAAUAUAAUUUGCAUCAAUCCAGGAUGUUUACGCGCACUAAACGCGUGUUUAUAUCAACAAUACAUGUGCAUGUCAGCCAAACGUAUAUUUACGUCAACGUCACGUAUGUUGCGCAUUCGUGACGCACGUCAC